AUGACUAAGCCAGAAUCACCUUUUUUCACUCUCUUGUUCACAAUUUCAUUGCUGAUGCAUGCUCAGUCUUCUUACAAACAGAUCUAUAUUGUGUAUAUGGGGGAGAAGAACAAUAAUAACUGGGAUGAAUUCUCCACACAAUCAUUGCAUCAUUCCAUGCUAUUAGAGGUUCAUGAAAGCAUUGAUGCAGCAAAGGAGUCAUUGAUUUACAGUUAUGGAAGAAGCUUUAAUGGAUUUGCAGCUAUGCUAUCUGAAGAAGAAGCUGCCAUAAUUUCUGAUAUGGAAGAGGUAGUGUCAGUUUUUCCAAACCUAGGAUUGGAGCUUCAAACAACAAGAUCAUGGGAUUUCAUGGAAUUCACUGAUGAUGCAUCCAAACUUACACCUCCUUUUGAUGGAAGAAACAUCAUCAUUGGAAUGUUUGACACAGGAAUUUGGCCUGAAUCCGAAAGCUUUAAUGAUGAAGGACUAGGUCCACCACCUAAAAAAUGGAGAGGAAAGUGCCAAACAGAACAUAACUUCACCUGCAAUAAUAAGAUCAUUGGAGCCCGGUAUUAUCAAAGCUUUGGUCUUGAAGAGCAAUUUAAAUCAGCAAGAGAUGAAUCUGGCCAUGGAAGCCAUGCUGCAUCGGUGGCGGCCGGAAGAGAGGUUGUGGGAGCCAAUUACUUUGGGCUAGCUAAGGGAACUGCAAAGGGUGGAGCACCUAAUGCCAGAAUUGCUGUUUACAAAGUGUGUUGGAACAUGGCAUGCUAUGCUGCAGAUAUCUUAGCUGCUUUUGAUGAUGCAAUUGCAGAUGGGGUCGACAUUAUAUCGGCCUCAUUCGCAGGAUACUUGCAGUCGAGGUUCUUGUUCAAUCCAGUAGCAAUUGGAUCCUUUCAUGCUGUGAAGAAUGGAAUUUUAACCAUAGCAGCUGCUGGUAAUCAAGGUCCACAAAGAGGAGGUUUAGCUAAUCACCCUCCUUGGAUACUAACUGUUGCAGCUAGCACCAUUUACAGAAAAUUUGUGACACCUUUGGUUCUAGGAAAUGGAGAUGUAAUCACAGCAAAUUCUAUCAAUACUUACAAUGUUAAGAAUAUAUCAUAUCCUUUGAUUUUGGGAGGAGAUGCUACAAACUUUUCAGCCAAUUACAUUCCCAGAGAGUCAAGUCUAUGCUUCCCUGGCUCCUUAAAUUCAGAGAAAGUUAAAGGAAAAAUUGUCCUCUGCGAAAACAGUGAGGGUGGCGCCGGAGUCCAAAUGGCAACCGGAGCAGGGGUCAUAGCCCCAAAUCGACCACAACAGAACUAUGCUGAGAAUUACCUCUUCCAAACAGCAAGUAUCAGUAACAAGGAGAUCUCAAAAGUAUCACAAUACAUCAAAUCCUCUAAUAAACCAAAGGCAAACAUAAUGUUUAGUGAGACCAUGGAGGACAAGGAUGCUCCUUAUGUAGCAAGUUUCUCAAGUAGAGGCCCCAACAUUUUUAAUCAUGACAUUCUCAAGCCUGAUCUUUGUGCUCCUGGGGUAAAUAUUCUUGGAGCAUGGUCUCCUAUUGCAUCACCUUCCAUGUUUAUUGGAACUGAAGAUUUUAGAAGUGUUGAAUACAAUAUUAUCUCUGGAACUUCAGUGUCUUGCCCCCAUGUUACUGGCGCUGCGGCUUAUGUUAAGGCCACUCACCCAACCUGGUCCCCUGCAGCUAUCAAGUCUGCACUCAUGACCACAGCAAAUCCUAUGGACCCCAAAAUGCAUGAGUAUGAGAAGGAAUUUGCAUAUGGUUCUGGCCAUGUUAAACCACUUUAUGCAGUGGAUCCUGGCCUAGUUUUUAAUGCUACUAAAGAAGAUUACAGUGACUUCUUCUGCAAGGAAGGUCCUAGAAAUGGUUGUAAAAGCACCAAAGCAUUGAAACCAUGGGAUCUAAACUACCCUUCAUUGUCACUAGCAGUGAAAGAUGGGAAUGCAAUCAAGGGCAAUUUCGUCAGGGCAGUUACAAAUGUUGGCAUGCCAAAAUCAACCUAUGAUGUUAUCAUUGAUGUGCCACAUAUUCUCAAAGUCAAGGUGGAACCAUCAACUCUUGCAUUUUCUAAAGUUGGAGAAGAAAAAUUCUUCUUUGUGGAAGUCACAGGGCCAAAGAUAUCACAGGUUCCAAUAAUCUCAGGUUCUAUAACUUGGGUUCAUUUGAAUCAUAUAGUUAGAAUUCCAAUUGUAGUUUACACUAUCCUUCCAUGCAUGGAAUUCAGAAAUUCAUCAUUAAAUCAGCACCUUAAUUGA